AUGAGGAAGCUGGAGAUAAGAGACAGUCUGUUUAGGAACGCUGCGCUUCUUGCUGAUGUCGAUAAGUACAGAACAAUGCAAUCCCUUUGGAUGUCGUCUUGUGAAGCAACGCUUGGUGGAUGCAAGAGGCUUGCGAGAAAUGUGCCCUGGCUUAACCUAGAGAUCAUCAACGAGAAUGAAAAUAAUGAUCUGAUGAUGGAGAGGAAUGAAGAAGAUGAAAGAGAGAAGGUUGAUAGGCUUUACUUAACAGUGGUUGGAGCUAGAAAAAAUGCACCUCUAUGUGUUACGAUUCUUUAG